AUGUUUAGAACAACCCCCCAGAGCUUCAAUAGCUUCCAAAAGAAGUCCUUGGGCUUUUUGGAAAAGCACCUAAGCACGUUCCACUUCUUUCCUCGCUUGCCAACAGAAUUGCGACUUGUGAUCUGGAAAGAGGCUUGCCGAGAUGAGCGCACCGUCACAGUGUUCUCGAGUGAUAGAGUUUUAGAUGCGAAAUUCUCUCAGGGUCAUGGCGACUUGCCAUUCUAUACCUUCAGGAGUCGUAAUUCAAUUCCGGGAGUCCUUCACGCAAACGGCGAAUCCAGAUUUAUCGCCAUGAAGUUCUAUUUACCCGUCUUUGACACGCGAAUGGAAUUCCCACUUGUUACCACAUUGGGUACUGGAACAGCGUCAUCCAUCUGGAUCAACCCUUCAACCGAUCUCAUCUGUCCUAUGACAUCCAUGACUGAUGACCAAUGCGACGCUUUGGCCCAGAAGAUGCGCGAUGUAAAGGUUGAACGCAUUGCUCUGAAUGAUUGUGCAUUCCAGAGAUCUGCAUCAAUUCCUUGCGACAAAUGGGGCACAUUCUCGACCCUAACGGGUCCUUUUUGGAUGAAUGAAGAUAUCAGAGAGGUCACAAUCUAUACCUCCCGAUAUUUGGUUCAACCUGAUGAAGACAUCGAAUUGACUAAGUUCGAUCGUAGGGCAGCAUUUCCUCCCAAGAUGAUGAAGUCGAAAAUGGAGAUUUCGCGUCUACAAAACACAUCUUUUGGGAAUCUUCAAAAGAUCCUGAAGAAACAACUUCUUGAAGAUGAGAAAAACAAGAAGCAUAGCCGAGAGUGCGUCAAGCUUGCUGCUUGUCCACAGUGGUUGUUUGACUGCCGUGGAAAAUGGACUAGACCAGAGCAACGAGAAAUGGUUGCAAAUUCUGUCAACUCCGUCACGAUUUUUGGGAUAUAG